AAAAACGCCCAAGUUCUGAUAUGUACUUAGUUAUUGUUAAUCUAUUUUUGUUCAGACGUAAAUAGAUAGGCAAAAUGAAGUUCCUAUUGAAAGGGCUGUUCAACACGUACGAUUUUAAGUAAAAAAAACAACACACGAUGUUUUUUAUCUUGAUAGGAGUAGUAUUUUCCUUCCCCAAAACAUUCUGCCUAUCCAAGUUUUGUGAGGAAAAUGGGAAAACAUACCAAUUUGAAGGGGUGAAAAAAUACAGCUGGACUAAAGCUGCUGAGCAUUGUAAAGAAUACGGUGGAACUUUAGCGUAUGUUCGGUCAUUUUUUUUGGAGCCUUGUAUCUCCAAUACCUUGGGAGAAAUUGGUCAUGGUUCGUUUUCCAUCGGGGGAAAGAAACAUCCCUCUAGAAACUGGACAUGGAUGGACGAUACUCCAAUUACCCAACCGUCUUACUGGGCUCGAGGCGAGCCUAAUAACGUAGGAGGAAACGAAAAUUGCUUACAAUUCAAGUUCUAUGGUGCCAACUUUCAUUGGAACGAUGUCUCGUGUAACGCAAUUGCUGGCUUUAUCUGUCAGUUUAAUUUUUCAAUCUCAGAAUCAACCCUACCAGAAUUACCUGAACAAACAACACUUUACGAAGAAUCAUUUGUUAAUUUCGAUGGUAAUUAUUUUUUAUCACCAACAGAUGACCAAUCAACAAAAUACAAAACAGGUCAACAAGCUACGAUAUCAACAACAGAUGACCAAUCAGUAACAUCCACAACAAGUGGCCAAUCAACAACCUCCACAACAAGUGGCCAAUCAACAACCUCCACAACAAGUAGCCAAUCAAAAACUUUCACUCAAGAAACAUCAGUUAACAUCAUAAUGACAGCCAUUUCAUAUUAUUGUACCGUACAGCGAUUCCUUAUGAGGGAUGUUUAUGAAAGAGCACAGUUGCUGACUCAUAAUUUUUUGACCGGAAAUUUAAAAGUCGCAAAAAAUUCCAAAUGUCAUAAAACUGCUGUUUAAGUGUGUGUGAAAAUU